AUGUACAUGAACGAGAACUUAGCCGUGGAUCUGAUAAAAGUUGGACCAUGGCCUGCAAAAAUUAGACUGGAAGACCUCGAGCUGGGUGAUGAGGUGCAGGACACACCAAGCUUUGACAACUGGGUACCCCUGGCAAGCCAAGCGGAAGAGCAACAAAAUGAAAGGCUGACGGGGAAUAUCAAGGAACUAAUUAGGGAGAUGGAGGAAGCCAUUGGUGAGACAAAGCCAACAAAAGAAAUGGAGGUAAAGUUAGCAAGGCUUGCCAAAGCAAAUGAGGACCUGACUGCACAGAACAAGGAUUUAUGGGGAAAGCUGAAGGUUGCCGACGAGAGAAUUAGGGAGUUGGAAAUUGAAAAGCGGGCCAAAAAUAACCUCAUCAGGGCGUUGUACAUACGGCUUGAAAGGGAGAAAGGAGAGGUCCCCCCACCUGUAACCCAACUUGAGAUAGUUCCUUUCAAGACGAGAGUGGUCCCCCAAGAUGAAGUUGAGGAUGAAAAUCCAAACUUUGGACCAAGUGUCGGAGAGGAAACCCAUUAUGCAGCCAGUGCGGGAAAGUCAACGGACACGGUGACGUCAGCGUUUCCUAUUGCACAGGAAGUGCCUGAAGAAGCAAAAGUAAGCCGUUUUCCUCUGGGGCAACAAGAACAUGGGAAUGAAGAGGAAGAUGAACAACUUGACAACAUUAUAAGGAAUAUUACUGAGAAAGAAGUGAUGGAAUUAAUUGUGAAGGAAAAAAAUAUGGAAGGGACCCAUGCAGAUCUGGAACAACAGAAGAAAACUCCGGAGAUACAUUCUAUAGUGAAAAACGUGAAGACAUACCGGAGGGCUGCCAAGAAGGCUAGAGAGGAGGAGUGGGAGUACAACACUCCGGAAGAGGCAAAAAUUUCAAAACUAGCUGCACCUAAGAAAGCAGGAAUCAUGCCGCAAGCCCAUGGAAAAUUUCACAACAAGAUAAAGCUUAAGGGAGUCAAAUGCGAUAAGCCAACAUGGAAAACACUGGACCCAGCAGUGGCAAGACACUAUCGAGACUUCUUCAACGUUGCUCAGAAGGACACGACCGAGUACUGGAUCAGCAGUGAUCUUCUACGCCGGAUCACCAAGCACGACCUAAGAGUAAUAAUCCAAGAGGGGGACAUUGAAACUGACGUGAUCACCAUUUAUAUUGACUUGCUGAAGUCUGAUGCUGAAAAGCAAAAUGCGCAAGUGGGAUUCCUCACAGUAGACGCAUCGUACUAUGCUAUAAAGUAUGAACAGACGAAAGAACAAGACGAGGACACUCGACCUUUUGAGUGUGGGGUCGAGACAAUGAUUUAUGAACCACUGUGGUCAGUCUUCCGAUUCAAAAAGGUGCUAUUACCAAUUCACCACAUCACAAGCAUGCACUACACCUUACUGGUGAUUGACAAUGAAAAAAGGAGCUUCAGUCAUAUGAAUUCAUUGAGGCCGCCAGUAGAUGAAUUCAACAAUGAGGAGAAGUACCACCUGAAUGCAGCAAGAGUAGUAAAGCACAUAAAGAAAUUCAUACAUGCUGUGAACUUGACUAAGAUGAGAAUGCCGGGAGAAAGCCAAGAUCCAAAUGUCACUCGAGAAAAAUGCAAAGGCGAAGACGAUAAGGAAAACCUGAUUAUUGUUGAAGAAGCAAUGACUGAGGAGGAAAAAUAA